ACAUAAUACUAUAUACAUUUUUUUGUUAUACUCAAUGUUUUUAUUAUAAUAAUUCCAAUCUAAAUUCUAAAUUAUUUUUUGUUUUCAUAAUUUAGUCCGUAUCACGACUUGUGAUGAUAUUGUCAAUAGUCAAAACGUUAUAGUGUAAACUGUGAGUGUAAAAUGUUCUGAAAUAUACUCUAUAGUGUGGAUUACAAAAUAUGUUAAGCGCAUGGUUUAUAUGGGUGUAAGCAUAAUAUAAUAUAAAUCUAAAUAAAACGAUAUUGAAUAAUUUAGAAACAUAGAAUAUCGAUUGAAAUAUUUAUAUUAUGUUAUUUAACAUCAAUGACAUUUUUUAUGGUAAUUAUCACAAUAUUAAUCUUUUUAUCAAAUUGGCUCAAUUGCAUUUAAUAUAAUCUUCUGUAAUUGUAUUCUGGUCAUUCAUUUACAGUUCUUGUUUGCAAAGUACAAGUACUUAUGAGUUAUAAGUAACAUUGACUAUAGUAUUUAUAGUAAUUUUAAUAACAGAAUUUAAGUUCUUAAUAUAUCAAUGAUAAUUGAUAACUAUUAAACAAUAUUUAAUACUUUAAUACUUAUUUCUAUUUUAAAAUUAAAAUAUUAUUCAUAUUACAUAUUACUUUACUUAUGUAUUUAUCUAUUAUAAAUCAACCAUAGGUAUUAGUUUUUUUAACUUUGGUAAUAAUAAACAUUAAUAAUAACUUACUAAUCUAAAAAUCUAAAUUGUGCUCCAUAAAAAUGCCUGAGAAUUAUGGUUGUGAUCAUUGUGAAAAAACAUUCACUAAUCGUCGACACUAUGAUUUGCACGUUGACGGUCAUUUGCGAAAUAUUUGUCGUAUUUGUGAAUUGUCUUGCAACAGCCGUAAGAUGUUGGUAACUCAUAUGUCUACUGCCCAUGGAUCCAAAUUGGAUCCAGUUGUGUUGGAUUGUAAGUACUGUAUGAAAACGUUUGUUCAAAAACGCUCAUUGCAUUUGCAUUACAAGACUGUGCACAAAAAUACUGGUACUAUAUGUCUUGAUUGCGGACAGCCAUUUGACAGCAAACAAGAACUUGCUGAUCAUGUAAAAACAAUUAAGCAUGGUGAUGGUUUCAUAUGUCAUAAGUGUGGGGAAGUAUUCACCCGCAAUCAACAAUAUAAAUUACAUUUACAAAGGCAUGAUGCAUACUGUUGUUUCAAUUGCAAUGCUCAAUUUGCAAAUUCUAAAAAGUUGAACAAACAUUUGAAAUUGUGCAUUUCAAUACAACCAACCGACAACUAUUCUAAAAAUAAACAGUCAACCACAGGUAUUGUUUAUGAAUGCGCUGAGUGCAAAAAGGCGUUUGAGAAAAAAAAAUAUUAUAAACGGCAUAUGAAAACGGUAGUCCACUCAACUAAUAAAGUCGAUAAUCCCUUUUAUUGUGCUCAUUGUCCAAAGAUAUUUUAUUACAAAUUUAAUCUGUCAUCACACAUGAAACAAGUACAUUUUAAACAGUACAAUAAUUAUAUUUGUAAUUUGUGUGGACGGAGUUUUCAGUAUGCAAACAAUUAUAAAAGGCACAAAGAUUCUCAUAUGCAAGUUAGAAACUAUGUUUGUGAACAUUGUGGUGCUUGUUUUUAUCGCAAGCACGCUUUGCAAGAUCACCUAAUUGCUAUACACAAUGAAGAAAAGAAUUUUGUUUGCAAUGUAUGUGGUGAUAAUUUUAAAUUAAAAUCUAUAUUAACAAGGCAUAUGAAAAAUCAUUCUGAAACCAAAAAAUAUGUGUGUCAUUGUAAACGUAUAUUUAAAUUUGCAUCCAAUUUACGACGUCAUCAAAUCAAUAUCCACAAUCAAGUAUUUACUGAAUCCAUCAAAAUAAAACGUUUUGUAGAAGAUAUUAGCCGUUCGUCUCCAUCUGCAGUCAUGAAUGAAGAAAAGGAAAUACAAAGGUUGAAACAAAAAAAUAUUAAUCACCUUAGAUUAGAAGACACUGUAUCAUAUUCGUUGAUGGCAUAUCCUGAUAACUUAGAUUUAAGUAGUGUUGAUAUAGCAGAAAGUGUACUUCAAGUAGCCUCAGCAUCAACUUAUAAGAUGGAAUGUGAAGAAAAUUCAUGUUUUCCUGGAAUUCAUCCUCCAAUUGAAACAUCUUUAGUAUGUAGCUUAAAUGAUGGUGUAGAUUUAUCUCCUAAUUCAUCACAGCAAUACUUAUCUGAUUAUGAUGUUCCUCAUCAGUUUCCAUUUCUAAAUAUUUGAAGUACCUACUUCAAUGUUACAAAAUUGCAUUUAGGGAUGUUAAUUGAUGAUAAAACAAUUUUUCUAUGACUCGAAAAGAUUAUUGUAUACAAUAUUACCAAUAAUAGAGUAUUAAACUGUGAAUUACUUUCUAGUCUACUGGACUUGUUAUGUAUAGUGUAAAAAUCAUGUUCAUAUUUCCAAGAAAUAUCUAACAAAUUCAGUUUUAUUUGAAAACAUUAUUAUUUAUUAUAAAAAUGAAAAAAAAACAAAGAAUUUUUUUUUAUAGCAACUACAGUCAGACUAUAUUUUCUAAUGACUUUUAAAAAAAAUGUUUAUGUGUCAGUUGUGUGUUCAUAGCUAAUUAUAAGCAUUGUUUAAAUUAGGAAUAUAAUUUGUUAGAUUUGAACAUUUUAAUGAAAUACAAGCAGCUUUUUUAGUUUCAUCCAUAUAUUUGAGUGUAUUUAGAAUACAGUGAGUUCCAAGUUUUCAAUAUUAUAUAAUUGUCAACUUUAGUCUUUAAAAAUGAUAUAUUUUUAAUAAUGUCAAUUAAAAAAUAAUCAAUUUUUUUCAUUAAAUUGAACAAUAAAAUAAAAAUGUUUUUUCCAAUUUUAAAAUUGGUUAAUAAACAAGUUAUUUAAUUUUUUUGUUGUUUAAUAUGUAUACUUGAUUUUUAUAAUAUAUUACAAUAUUACAUACUAAUAAAUUAUUAAUACAAUAUCAAUUAAUUAAAUAAAUAAAUUAUGCACUUAUGAACUAUGACCAUCUUAGCUAUAAUUUAUGUAUUAAAAUGUAUUGAAUAUUAAAAUAAAGACAUUUGUCUAUAAGCUAUCUAAUUAGUUAUUUAGACUUGAAUGUUUUUUAAAUGCUUUUGAAAUGGAUAGUAUUUGUUUUAGAUUUUAAAUGAAGUGAUGAAUGUAUUUUUUUUAUUAUCAUGCAAGUUUUUGAAUUCAUUAAUUAUCAGUGUUAAUAGGUAAUAUAGGUAAUAAGGUUAUAUCGUGCAUUAUUAUAUAGAUAUUUAAUUUAUAUGAACCAAGGGACUUUCAGUUCUAUUCUCAAGAAUUUAUUUUAUACUAUUUAUAAUUUUGUAAUUUUUAUUUAAGAAGCUAUAGCUUGUACUGGGCACAUGGGUAUGCUAUUAUUUUAAUUUUUAAUGAGUUAAUUAUUUUAUAUUUACAUAACUAAAAAUGUCAGUGUAGGACACUUCUGUAAUACUCUUAUACAUUUGUUGAAAGUAACAAAAAUAAAUCAUUAAAAACUCAAUGUUAUUGUUAAAACUAUUCUAGAUAAGCUUUCAUUUAUAUUUUUUGACAUUUUGGCGAUUGUAUUUUAAUACUAUGAACACCUACUUACAGUCUCCUAUCUUGGUUACAACUUUCCUGAUAUCAUUUUCAACAAAUUUUUAAUCUUUACUUUCAAAUUCACAUUAGACAAAAUCUCAUAAAAAAUAAAAAUAAUUUUGGUUUUUUUUGUAUUAUUAAAAUUCAUGACAUUAUGUAAUUUAUUAUUCUGCUAUACAAUUUCAUAAAUUUAUAGAGUAUCUAUAAUAUAUACAUAAAAAGAUGCUUAGCAAGAGAUCUAUUAUAAAACCAAAUAAUAGUCUUGCUUUAUUUAGUAUUUAAAACUUAAAAAUGUGUACACUUUUAUUAUGUAGAGAUUUUGGGCUUAUUUUUCAAAUAAACAAAAAAAAGUCAAGUUUAAAAUACUAUAUCUUGAAAAUAUGAGUCUGAAUAUAAUAAACAAAUACCUAUACAAAUAAGUUUACAAAUAUUGUUUAACACUCUUAAAAAAUGUGAAUUAUUGUAUUGAAUUAGUGAAUUGUAUCUGAUUAAAAAUACCUAAUAUUAGUAAAUUGAUAAACAUGGUUGUUAUAACAUAAAUUUGUAUUAUUUUGUUUUGUAUUAAAAAUAACUUUAUUUUAUAAAAAUCUGUAUUAUUUACUUCAUUAGUUAAGACAAAAAUAUUAUGUUUUAUAUAUUAAUUUUAAUCUGUGGUCUCAAACGGCUUCAGCUUUUUUUUGAGUAUGGGCCAUUGUUUUAUAUUAUAAUAUUGUUCACUAGGUACAUAUUAAAUAUAUAUUUUAUUAUUAUAUUAA